CUAAGAUUGACCUUUGUAGGGCGGGCUUGUGGAAUUUCGACUUCAUCAUGAGUUGCCUUGUCCUUGAUAGGAAAUCUGGUGGUUUCUCGUUCGAAAAUUGUUACAGGAAUAAAGUCAUCGAACAAAAAGGCUUCAAAUUGCCAAAAGCAGUAAAGACUGGAACAACAAUAUGCGGAGUCGUUUUCAAGAAUGGAAUAGUUCUAGGCGCAGAUACACGGGCAACAGAAGGUAGCGUAGUUGCUGAGAAAAACUGCUCAAAAAUUCAUCGCAUUGCAGAAAAUAUAUAUUGCUGUGGAGCUGGAACUGCAGCCGACACUCAAAUGGUUACACUGAUGAUUUCUUCGCAAGUCGAGCUCCACCGUUUGAAUACGGGCAGGACUCCUCGUGUUAUCUCCCCACUUCGUCUCCUUAAACGCUAUCUUUAUCAGUAUCAGGGUUAUGUUGGUGCUGCACUCGUACUAGGUGGUGUGGACUCAACAGGCCCUCAUUUGUAUAGUAUUGCACCGCAUGGAUCAACGGAUAAAUUACCAUAUAUCACAAUGGGUAGUGGGAGUCUUGCGUGUAUGUCUGUACUUGAAUCAAGAUUUAAAUUUAACAUGGAACAAGAUGAAGCCGUAAAGUUAGUACGUGAUGGAAUAGCAGCUGGAAUAUUUAAUGAUAUGGGGUCUGGUAGUAAUGUUGAUAUAUGUAUUAUUACUAAAGAUGGGACAACCUAUAUACGAUCAUAUGAUGAAGCUAAUGUCAAAGGCAAGAGAGCAGAAAAGUAUAAUCCUCCGGAAGGUACCACUUCUGUUCUCCACAAAAGUGUUCAUCAUGUUGAGUUCGAUGUGGUCACAACACGUGUUGUUCGAGAUAUACCUGCUCAUAGUGUUGAGACAAUGGAUCUUUCUUAAAUGUAUUUUAAAUUUCCUCAAAUGAAUUGUGAUUCCUACGUUGUUUGCUUUAUCGGUUGUUCGAAUAAAUUCACCGUAAAGACUCCUUUUUGUUGUCAAAAUGUUUUAACACAGUACAAUAUCCUUAUUCUGUUUAUUUUGAAUUACUAAUAUGCAAUCAACACCAUUCAAAUUCAUUUUAUAGUAAAGUCAUGGAAUAAAAGUACAAAUAUGUAACAAUGGUCUAGUAUUUAUUAAGUAAACGUCAAUAAUUCCACUAGUUCUAGUACUCCUUAUAGAUUAGUUAUCAUUAAUUUUACAGCUGAAAGCGGUUUAGUUAUCUGACCAGUUUACUGACCCGCCUUUCAUUGAUUCAGAAUAUCAGUAAUCCAGGACAUGGUAAC